AUGAAUAAAUGCAAAGGACCACCCACUCUCGUACCCAGCGCAGAUUGUCUCGCAAUUGCCCAGCGCAAUCAACUUCAUUCCCCUCUCUUGCGCCUGCCAGCUGAGAUCCGCAACAAGAUAUUCGAUCUAGCUCUUGAGCUCAGCGCAAGGAGUUGGAAACAUGACUCCCAUUUCUACUGGGACCGCCUCGAGUUAUCCCGUGCAUCACGACAAAUCUUCGCCGAAACCGCACAUGCCUACUUCGCAAUACACAUCUACCCUGUUGCACGCUUCAUACAUCGCGAGUUCGACCUAUCCGACCUCUCAAAACUCCGGAAGCGGUGUACGCCGUUACAGCUAAGGUUGAUUAGGCAUAUCGAUAUUGAUUGGGAUGCCUUUCAAUCUGAAGAUCCAGCCAUGGGACUCCGCGAGCCUAUCGAACAGAACAUGCGUACAUUGCGGAUAUUUCCUGCACUGGAAACACUAAUUAUUUCGGAGGCACCGUAUCAAGUGACCGGUGCUGAUGACUGGUAUACGAAGGAAUUCCGGAAACAAGUGGGAAAUCAAGACCUCGAGGUGGUGUAUCUGGAGAAGGAAUAUAGGAAUGGCGGUUAA